AUGCAGAAGGUGGCUCGUGCAAACCGGUGCUCGCUGAGGCAGCAUGCAUGGUGCUACACGCACAACGGCCUCUGCCCGCUUUUCGGGUCGUCCGUUGCCGCGGACAUCGAGGUUGCCGGCUUGCCGUGCAUCGACUUCAGUAAGGCUGGCAAACGGUUGGGUCCGGAGGGGCCCCACGCCAAGGUUUUCGUGGCCCACGCCAAGCGGCAUGUGGAAUUGGCGACACCAGUUAUCGUGAUCGAGAAUGUUUGGGAGCUGUCGAUUCCCAUGAUCGAGAAGCUUUAUGGCAACCACUAUGACAUCCACCCGCUGUACUGCAAGACCGACGACACUGGCCAUUCGGCGGCGAGCCGUGACCGAGUCUAUGUGGUUCUGGUGCACCAGCAGCGAGCUGUCAUGACGCUAGACAUAAAGUCGCUGUACGACCGCGUGGCUGGAAAGAUCCGGAAUCUGGUGCGGACCGAAGUCUCAGACUACCUUGUUGCCGGUAGAUGGGAGAUUUUGCGUGAGGCACAAGAUCUCGCACGACGCAGAAUGCUGGAUUUGCUCACUGAGCGUGAGCGCAAAGCAGUUUCUUGGGCAAGCCAGCACUACCAGAAAAAAUUUGGUCGCCCGGCAGCCCGGGAUAAGCACCUGGUGUUGCAGCUGCGAGAUUCGCCGCCUAAGUAUCUGUGCUGGUCUGCGGUUUCCAGAAAGCUCCCAACAAUGCGACUUGGCUCCCAUUUGUGUUGGCACUUUCGGACAAGCCGACUCAUGACAGCCAGGGAGCAUCUGUGCUCCCUCGGAUUUCCAGUCACAGCUGAGACAGCUCUCAGUAUGGGAGUGCCAAUGCUGCCUGUGAAAGACAGCAAGCGAGCCAACCAUUUGGCGGGAAACGCCAUGCACUUUUC